GAGGCUUUGCCACUAAGUACGUGAAGAGCAGGUUUCAGAGGGAUAGAGGAAUAGCGAGGGUAAAAAAGGGAGAUAUUCAGCGAGAUAGCGAGGGAAGGAGGCCUGAAGGCCUGGAGAGUCAAGGUCAAUUCCUUGGUUGGAGUAGUAACAUCCUGCCCUACUUGUGCCAUCCCUCCCCUCCCAGCCUCUCUUCUCAAUCCUCCUUUUACUCUUGUCCCUCCCCUCCUCCUCCUCCUGCCCUCCCGACCUUGUAUUCCAGCUGGCCUUGAGUUCAGCCUCUAUUGCUCCGGUCGUGUAGACUCUAUUCCUGCAGUUGCAGGAGGUUUGGAGCCCAGUGCAGCCGCCGGACUCAAACCGGGGCGCUCUACACCGCUAUCACCGGCUUCCAUAUUGCAAAAAUUCGUGCGGAUUUGCGAAUUACCUGUGCUGGUCUGGGGUGAGCCUGCACACCGCUCAGACUACAGUGCAGGCACACCAGUCUAUACACAGUCCUGCAAUACAGUGCAACAUUUAUGUUUUUCCAGUUUGUGCGAAUUAGUGGCAAAAUAAUAUUCUGCACAGUGAGCAAAGUUUAAAAGUGAACGACCUUGUUAGAAAUGAACGGUUUUGUAUCCUGCAUUAGUGCACAAUUGAAAGCUCCAGAUCUUACUCAAUUGAAAAUGCAUCUGAUGCACGAAGUUUGCAAAAAUUUCACAUUUGCAAAUUCUAUAACCAGGAAGUAAAGACUGUGCUGUUACGCUUGGAGAAAUUUAUGGAGAGCUUUUAAACAUUGUGAAGUUGGAAUUUCUUGGUCUUAAACUCUUACUUAGCUCAAAGGUUUUGGGUUAAACUAACUGAGCAGGGAAUCUAGCUGGAGCAACUGAAUCCUACAUGCUGCAUGCUAGUUUCCCGCCACCCCAUCCCUGGCCAGGCAUGAGCCACCCGGGCCACGACCUGGUCCUUCAGGCUCAGGUUAGACAUGGAGAGCAGACGGGUCAACAUCUUGGACAUCACAUAGCUCAACAUCAACAUCAAACUCUCUAUGUUGACAACAUGUGCCAACAACCUAUGUCACAACCCCAAAGCUAUAAUAAUUACAAUUAUGGAGGAAAUAUUAAUCAUCAGCUACGGCCCGUGAGUCGUCAAAGCCAAGAUGGAAACCUACGGCAUGCCAGCGGUGGGAGUCAAACCAGUAGUCAUAGAGCUACUCCCCCAUCUCCUGAUGAUCUUAGAGCACAACUCUACAAACAGAACCAUGCUCAGAACCUGGAGCGAGGUUCAAGAAACAGUUUUGAACAGAGUCAGUGCAAUACAAGGGAUGUGCAGGGGAGUCCAGGAAACCUGCACCCUGGAAGCAGUCCUAGAACAGGACAUAGGAUGCCUCCUUCACCAGCUAGUAGUAUUCCUCAGAAGUCUCCUUUUGACCUGACAACUCAGAUGACCAUGGUUGGAUCUAACACAAUGUUAUUUCAUCAUCCUAUGAGGAAGGAUGGUGUAUCCGCUCCUCUGAUGCCCCCUCAGACAUAUCCCAUGGUAAAUGUUAAACAGGAACCAGGUUCACCAGCUCACUAUGCGUCUCUAAACCACUCUAGCAGGAUUGUCAAACAAGAACCCACCCCACAUUCUCCACAGAAUGUUAAUGCAACUCCUCCACCCACGCUUAACUCUAACCUAGGUACUGUAGGAUACACCCAGAUGGAGAGAAAAGUUAUCCAACCCAACCCAACCCGACCAACCUUUAGCUAUCCCAGUCCACAAUCAUCCAACCCUAUAUCUCCGGCUAGUGUAGGAGAUAUCUCCCGUCCAGACAAGUUUAGAUAUCAAAAUACAAGCAAGCCAGUACAAAACCCUUCCCCAGGGGAGAGUACAUGUAACUCAGCAAUAUCAUCACGCGAAGGAACCCCUGGCCCAAGACUAUGGACCGGAGAGGAAAUGACAGGAUUGGCUCCAAAUAUUGAUAUCUCUAAAGUCCAGGUUAAAGAGGAAACUGUUCCCAGGAUAUAUGAUUCCAAUGACUAUAAUCGUAGACCAAGUAUAAACCUGAGUUACCCUGCUACUCCAGUAAGAUCUAGCCCGGGGGAAUCCUAUCCAACCUACUCCGCCCCCUAUCACUCCAUGCCCCAACAAGUCCCAAUGCCCCAGAGAAGUGUUACUGCCAUGGCUGGGCAGGAGAGAGGGUACAGACCCAGUGUAGGUCGACCUCCGAUAGUUAUGCCCGGCAACAGUGAUGGAUCUGUGCCACAUAGCAACGUUAAGAUUGGUCGGAGGCCGGCUCAUCUACCCAAAGUUCUCAAGUUUGAGGAUCCAACACUUCCGCAUGGAUGGCAGAGGAAACUAAAACAGAGAAAGCACGGUAAACAGGCCGGGAGAUGGGAUGUUUACAUUUACAGUCCGUGCGGGGUAAAGUUUGCAUCAAGAAAGAAAUUGAAACACUUUUUUGAGAAAAACAAUCUUCAGUACGACGCGGAACAAUUUGAUUUCACCCCUUAUGGAAAGCAUAUAGAUAAUGCUCCCCAGAGACAUCUAUCAUCAACAUCGUCAGAAGGAAACAGAUUGAGUGGGAGCCCUGGCUCUAUGCACAGUCCCUCAUCUGGUUACCAUGGACCAGGGAUACAGGAGUUCAUGCCCCCAGGGAAUCAUCCUCCUAUGGCCCACCAUCAUGCGUACAUGCCCCCUGUACCAAGUUACGAGUUUAACCCUAUGAUGGAGAGCCCACCCAAUGCCAAUGCUAGAGAAAUCCCUCAAAAUCAAAUCCUGAACCUGUCUCAACCCCCUGCGGGAGCUCUGACCAAUGUGUCCCGGAGCACUGCUCCGGUCACAAACUUCCCGUCAGAGAUCGACGAUAUUCUCAAUGAAAACUCUGAUGUCCAGUUCAGGAACAGGUUGAGGGACUACAACCAGGACCUUAACUCCCGGCAGGGAAACUCCGAAGACGAGAACGGUGAGGAUAUUAGAAGAGAUGAUUCAGAACGUGGGUUCAUGGCCACCUCCAUUAACAUCCUGUCAGACGGGAAUAUGGAUAUGGAUAUGAAUAUAGAUAUGUACAACAACAUGUACACCUCACCCUAAGGUGCUGAGGUGCGCGAGCUUAGUCAUAAAACUACAUCGACACCAGGGUAGAUAAAAUAGAUUAGUGAUACAUAGAAACCGUCUUUAAGACUUUAAAAGUUUAAGUAUUACAUUUGAAUGUCUAGACAAAUCAUGGAGAAAAGUCUAAUCAAAAUCUCAACCUGAAAAAUAUAAAGUUUUUGAAACCUUUUUUACCUUUUUAUCAAGAACUUUGCACCUCGGAAACCAUGGAGAGAAAAAGUACGCCAAUAGUGUUUUCUGGUUGAUCUAAGCUAAGCCAGGCUAACCCAUGUACUUGCUUGUUCACUGUAUUAUUUUUAAACAAACCUAUUUAAUCAACAUAAUAGACACAACCCCCUGUGAACAACAGUUUCAUAGAUCUCAAACUAACAGUGUACAGCAUUACUGAGAAACGUUUUAACAUUGCUGAACUUCUUUUUUAUUUUUUUUUGUUAUAUUAAAAUUGGGAGAACUGUCAGCUUUUAUGUUUCCAGUCGUGUUUUCUCGUAAAAUAUACUGCCCAAUUUCAACCUAGCCAUUUCAAGUAAAAAUAUGAUUAUUUAGACAUCCAUCAACAAGUGUUAAAAAAAAAGUUUCAAUCAAAAACAAAAUCAAAAUCCAAGAGAUUUCUUUCUUUCAAUAAAACAGUUUUUGUUGGAUGUUGUUUAAUGUUAACAAUAGUGACAAUUUUAUAUUAAAAAGAUAUUUGAGCUUUUAACGGGCAACAACAAAUAGUCUGGAUCAUCAAUAUUUAAUGGCAACAAUUAUAAUGUAAAUAAGUUAAACUUUGUAAAAUGGUGAACCCCUUAAUACUUCAUUUUUUCAUAGAUAUUACACUUGUACUCUUGCUCGGAUCUACAAACAUAACAAUUGAAAGAUAACAUUUUUGGAUCCUUAACAUUUCCAAUUUUUCUUCUUCCUUUUUUUCAAACUUUUUCUCCGUUCCUUGGUUUCCCAAAAUUUGAAGAAACACAAU